UAAUAUUACUGCUACCCAGACUCCAGAGUGUGCCUGUGUGUCUCUCAGACGAUGUCUCCAAUACCCGACAUACCUGGUGCUCGUAUCUCCCCUCGUUCUCAACAAGAAUCUUGGCUAAAGAGUUAUGUGGCGAGACUAUGCCAUUUGGACAAUGAUCGGUUUCCCGGUAGUCAGCCCAUUAGCUUCUCCCUGAAUCACUUGGACGAGCUCGAAAAGAAGGAUUACUGGGUCUGCGAAAAGUCCGACGGCGUUCGUGUUUUGUUCUUUCUCCAGACGGAUCCCAGCACCGGUAGCCAGGUCGUGUACCUAAUCGACAGGCAUAACACGUACUAUGAGGUGUCUGGAUUUUGGUUCCCGCAACCCGACAAGUCAAGGGAAUCCCUUAUGGAUACUAUCCUGGACGGCGAGCUCGUCAUUGACGUCGAUCCACAAACCAAAAUGGAGACCGUUCGAUAUCUUGCCUUUGAUUGUCUCGUCUUCAAUGGCGAAAACGUUAUGUCAAAAACGCUGGACAAACGCUAUUGGCGUUUGAAAGAGCAAUUUUACGUCCCGUGGUCUAAAGCGAUAAAGGGGUUACCUGCCCUUCGAGCCGCAGCUCCUUUUGACAUCAAAGUGAAAAAUAUAUCCUUCUCAUAUGGUAUUGAGGAUGUAUUCCGCCUCGAGAUUCCUGCUCUCCAGCACAGAAACGAUGGCCUCAUCUAUACCUGCACGGAAACCAACUACGUUCCCGGCACAGACCCGAACAUUCUCAAAUGGAAGCCUCCGUCGGAAAACUCGAUCGACUUCAAACUUGUACUGCGCUUUCCUCCGCUGAAAUCCAACCCAUCCCAACCAGAUUUCCGUGCUAAACCUUUCUUUGGUUUACAUGUUUAUUGCGGCGAGGAGAGGGGACAAGCCAAGUAUGAGCCUUACGACGAACUUUAUGUCGAAGACGACGAGUGGGAGACGAUGAAACUUUCUGGCGAGCAAGUUGACGACAGAAUAGUCGAAGUUCGUUGGGAUCCCGAUCUCUACCAUUGGCGCAUGAUGCGUUUCAGAGACGAUAAGCCUCACGGCAAUUAUCGCACCGUUGUGGAUAAAAUAAUAGAGAGCAUAGCAGAUGGCGUCGAGAAGCCGACUUUAAUCGCUCGAUGUCCGGCCAUUCGCAGUGCGUGGAAAGCGCGGCACGCCCAACCACAACCCCCGCCGCCGACGGCACCACCACGCACAGCUCUUAGUAGACACCCACCGGCCCCCUUAGCCGCUAACGUUCAACGAUACGGUCCCAUCGCGACUUCAAAGUGGAGCAAAGUGUCUGGUCCAGCGCAAUUUGCUGGUCUGCAACGAUGAUUGAAUUACCGACUCGGCUCCCCAUUUGUGGUGUUGAGCCUCCUGCUGCAACUGAGCAGCUAAGUUGAUGACCCCAUGCUGCUUUGCACUCUG